GGAGCGGGGCCGGAUAAAAGGCGGCGAGGCGGCCCCACCCCAAGGCAGGCCGGCGGGUAGGCUCGGCGCGUCCCUUCCGUCCGGCCCGCGCCGGCGGCGGGGAGGCGGCGCGCGCGGCCCGCAGCCCGCCCAUGGAGGCUUUCCCCUGGGCGCCCCGCUCGCCCCGCCGCGGCCGUGCCCCCCCGCCCAUGGCGCUCGUGCCCAGCGCCCGCUACGUGAGCUCCCAGCGCCCGGUGCACCCGCAGCCCUUCAGCUCGUGGAACGACUACCUGGGGCUCGCCACGCUCAUCACCAAGGCGGUGGACGGCGAGCCGCGCUUCGGCUGCGCCCGCGGCGGGGACGGCGGCGGCGACGGCUCCCCGCCCUCCUCUCCUUCCUCGUCGUGCUGCUCCCCCCACGCUGGGGCCGGGCCCGGGACACUGGGGCCCGCGCUGGGGCCGCCCGACUACGACGACGACGACGACGACAGCGACGAGCUGGGAUCCCGGGGCCGCUACCUGGGGGGCGCGCUGGAGCUGCGCACGCUGGAGCUGUGCGCGGACCCCGCCGAGGCCGGGCUGCUGGAGGAGCGUUUCGCCGAGCUGAGCCCGUUCGCUGGUCGCGCCGCUGCCGUGCUGCUGGGCUGCGCGCCCGCCGCUGCUGCCACCGCCGAAGUGGCGCCGCGCGAGGAGCGGGCCGCGGCGUGGGCGGCUGAGCCCAGGCUGCACGCCGCCUCCGGGGCGGCCGCCGCCCGGCUGCUCAAGCCUGAGCUGCAGGUGUGCGUGUUCUGCCGGAACAACAAGGAGGCGGUGGCGCUCUACACCACCCACAUCCUGAAGGGACCCGACGGGCGAGUGCUGUGCCCCGUGCUGCGCCGCUACACGUGCCCCCUGUGCGGCGCCAGCGGCGACAACGCACACACCAUCAAGUACUGCCCGCUGUCCAAAGUGCCGCCGCCGCCCGCCGCCCGCCCGCCGCCGCGCAGCGCCAGGGACGGCCUGCCCGGCAAGAAGCUGCGUUGAGGACCCGGGCUCCGGUCUGCUGCUGCCACCUGACGCCACCAGGGUCGCCGCCUGCCCACUCUCGUAUUUGGUCUGCGCACUCUCCCUUGCUGUUGGGGAGCAUGGAGCUCAGCAGUUGGCUCAACUUGGGAUGUCGUCUUGUUUUUCUCAAAGGAAGCCGACGGUACUGAGUACUUUCCUGUCGAAGAGCGGUUGAGAAUAGACGCUAAAGUCUUGAUUUAUCUCUAGUUUGUGCACAUCCAGACGGUGAAGGCUGGGUAUUCCGCUAACUGAAAUGUGGCAACUUAGAGGCGCUGUUUAUACGUCGACCUAUUUUAGAUGCGCAUCAGUAUGAAAUUGUCUCAAUCUAAUCUUGGAUGUUUAAUUUUAUGAAUGGAGGCACUUUACUAGGUCUAGAAUAUUUUUUUAAAAGCCUCUUAACUGAACUUAACUGGCGAUUUUAUGGAAUGUCAGCAAAAUGACUUUUAUUGUUUGAAACAAGUAAUAUUUCUGUUGUCCUUAAUCAGUUAUAAUUCCAGGCGAAGCAACCCCCCUGCCUGGUAGUAUCAUUAAGUGAAGGCUUAGUAAACUUUCCAGUAUUAGUUUGGGUGGGUGUUCCCUCCUUGUGGCUUGUUUUUGUCCUAGCUGGAUGUAGCAGGUAGAAUACAGCUCCUUAUCCUUUUA